GCGAGGGAGAAACGCUUUAGGGGAGUGAUAAUCCUCAGUACAAUUUUGAAAUAAUUUAAACAACUACAAAAUUAACCCUGAACCAAAGUGUGUUUUACUUGGUUGGGUUUUUUGCAGGAGGGAGUUUGUUCUUUCAUUUUAGCUUCAUAAUUCUCGUUUACUUGGACUACCGUUGUGCAAGAUGAGUGGUCUACCAGAUGCUCACAAAGAGUUUAUGGAGCAGCUGCGUAUGCAGGAACUCUACGGCCAGAGAAAUGAGAGUAGCUCUGACCCCUACACCUACACUGACCCAGAGGAUGGGACUGUGUAUGACUGGGACCAUGAAAAGAAGGCCUGGUUCCCUAAAAUAACAGAGGACUUCAUUGCAGCCUACCAGGCCAACUAUGGCUUCACUAAGGAAGGAGAUCCAGACAACACUGCAGUGAGCAGCACUGACCCUGCAGCUCCAGAAAAAGACAGCAAGCCUUCAGAAAAGAAACCAGGAGAUGCGACCCAGAACCUGAAUCCAGACUCGAGUGAGACCACAGCUAAAGAGCCCAAGCAGAAAGGGGAGAAGAGGAAGGCAGAGCCAGGAUGGUUCGAUAUUGACAACAAUAAAAACACAAACGUCUACGUGUCAGGUCUUCCUCCUGACAUCAGCACUGACGAGUUUGCUGAGUUGAUGUCCAAGUGCGGCAUCGUGAUGCGGGAUCCUAUCACUGAAGAGUACAAGGUGAAACUCUACAAGGACAAAGAGGGCAAUCUAAAAGGAGAUGGUCUCUGCUGUUACCUCAAGAAGGAGUCAGUGGAGUUGGCGCUGCGUCUGAUUGAUGACUCAGAGGUCAGAGGUUACAAACUCCAUGUGGAAGAAGCUCGCUUUGAGCUGAAGGGCCAGUUUGACGCCAGCAAGAAGAAGAAGAAGAGCAAAGAUUACAGGAAGAAGAUGCAGCAGCAACAGAAACAGCUCGACUGGAGGCCAGAGAAGAAAGGAGAAUUGAGGAAGAGGCAUGAAAAAGUAGUCAUCAUCAGGAACAUGUUCCAUCCCAGUGACUUUGAGGAAGAUCCUCUUGAGUUGAAUGAAUAUCGAGAGGAUCUGCGAACAGAAUGUGAGAAGUUUGGGGAGGUCAAGAAAGUCAUCCUCUUUGAUAGACACCCAGACGGUGUGGCAUCAGUGGCGUUUAAGGAGCCAGAGCAGGCCGACGCAUGCAUUCAGUCGUUCAAUGGUCGCUGGUUUGGAGGAAGGCAACUGUCAGCUCAGCUUUGGGAUGGAACGACUGACUAUCAGGUGGAAGAGACGUCACGUGAGCGAGAUGAGCGGCUGAAGGGUUGGUCUUCUUUCCUUGAGGGAGCCAAUAAAGACCAGCAGGGCAACAGCGCCAAGCCAGCAGAGGAGCCAGCAGAGGAGCCAGCAGAGGGCAGCACCAGCACAGAACCCACAGAGUCGUCCAACACCACAGAGCCUGAACAGCAGCCAGAAACGGAGAAGCAGAAUCUGCAAGAACAGGAGGCGGAUUCUACAGACAGCAGCCUGGCAGGAAGUGAUGAUGAGGGGGCCUAGACACUUACAUACACAUCUUUGUUCUCCGUGGAAACUAACCAGGACGGUCCUGAUUGAAGGUGAACUGUGGCAAAACUCUGUUGGGCAGGAGGAGGAAUAUGGACAGUUUGAGCUGGUUUUCAAUGUAGAAAAUAAAAUACUGAUUUUGUUUACCCCUAUUAUUUUGGUUGACAUUGUAAUAAGACCAGCACUUGACAAGCUGGUUAUGCAGAUUUCCACUAAUAGCAGUUUUAUUGCUUUAUUUUUGUUAUCAUCUUGCAAUAUUUACAAACUACAGAAGUAACUCAUUCGUCAUAUUUUAAAUACAAUUUGCUCUAUGUUUUUUAACACUUGGAGUGAUUUCUUAAAAGCAAACCUAGAACACAAACUGCAGCUAUUUAUAUAUACACUGCUAAAAAUAAAUAAAGGAACACUUAAUCACCA